AUGGCGAUGGAAGCAGCAUUUAAUCCGGAAAUUGGGGCCAUAUUUGAUAUAAAUGGAAUGUUUAUUGGAAAGACAAUUUAUGUGUAUGGAGAAUCUCAAAAAGAUGACAAGGGCAGAAUUGCUGUAAAUCUUCUGUGUGGACCCGACGAGGAUGACCAAAUUGCUUUACAUGUUAAUCCACGUUUCGAUCAAAAAACUGUUGUACGAAACACCCGGGAUAGUCAGGGUUGGGGAAAAGAAGAAAGAGACAAAAAGUUUCCUUUGAAAAAACCUGGAAAACCAUUCGCAAUCUGGAUUGUUUGUCUGAAAGAGCACUUCGAGAUUUUUAUCAAUCGGAACAAAGUGUUUGCAACAUACAAACAUCGUAUCCCUCUGAAGCUUAUAACCCAUGUUCAAGUGGAACAAAAUUGUGACAUCAAACUUAUUUGCUCUGGAAUAGAAGGCCAGGACGUCCCCGUUGGAGUCUUGGAUGGACCUGCGGUUCCACUGGAUAUCGAUGUUCCGUUUUUUAACAUCAGAAAUCAUUCCGUCACCAUUUAUGGAAAACCAACUAACUCCGACGGCAGAUUUGAUGUCAAUUUACGUCAAGGCGACAAAAUUCAUUUUCAUUUCAAUCCAAGAUUGAAUGAACGCGAGAUUGUAAGAAAUACUUUGGAUAAGAAAUGGGGAACUGAAGAACGGGAUUUGGACUUCCCGUUUCCGUUUGCGAAAGACGUUCCGUUUACGGUAAAAAUAAUAGUUGAAAAGCAUGGUUUCGAUGUUGACAUAAAUGGCAUCGCUGCUUUCACUUAUAAUAAGAGAAUCGGUCCAUUGAAAGACAUACGUAACAUCAGCGUCAAUGGAGAUGUUGAACUCAUUAAAAUGGUCAUUUCGUAAAAGGAUAUCUAAUCAAUAGAGCUCGAAUGAAGCACUCGAUUUUAUAUAUAUAUAUUAUAUUUUGGAUGUAUAGUUAUGCUAUCUGCUAUAAAACACGAACAGUAUUUUUACAUUCAGUGCACAUUGUGUUCUAUUGCAUGCAAACCUAAUUGCUUAAUAAAAGACAUAAAAAAGUAAACAGUCUGGUUUUGCAACUGCUUUUGCAAAAUCUACAUUACCAGUGCUGUAUUCAUUCCUUGUCUGGAUUAGAUUCAAUACAGCGCUCAAAAGGCAAAUCAUACGAUAUAUAUUUCCUGGAUGAACUGGAGUUCAAACUCCGCGUUUUCAACCCUCUGAAGUUGGCUAUUAAGAAAUCCGUUCCUGGACGUUUGUAGACAUGAAGUGUGGUGGAGUCUCAAAUAUAAAAACUUUUAAAAAAUAAUAUAACAACCCU